AUGCCAAAAGCUUCCAGAGCGCUAAAUGUGCUUGUCGUUGGCGCUGGCCUGGGUGGCCUAGCAGCGGGCUUGGCCCUACAGACCGACGGCCACAAGGUGACUAUUAUCGAUUCAGCUCCCCAGUUCGCAGAAGCUGGAGCCGGUAUCAGGAUUCCUCCUAAUUCUAGCCGCCUCCUUAUCCGAUGGGGGAAGUCGACUUCUCAGCGAUACCACUUCAUUCGGUGGAAGGAUGGCAACACGAUCUUCAAUUUACCGUUCAAUGAUAUUGUUGAGACACAUGGGGCUCCAUACUGGCUAAUCCACCGUGCCGACCUACAUGCGGCCCUGCUUGAUGCGGCUAACAAGGCCGGGGUCAAAGUCUUGACUAAGAAGGCUGUUGUCUCAUAUGACUUCGAUGCUCCAUCUGCUACUACCAAGGACGGAGAAACCUUCACGGCGGACCUUAUCGUUGGAGCGGACGGCAUCAAAUCUCUAUGCCGGCCACUGCUUACUGGCCAGCCUGAUAUCCCUCGCGACACUGGAGACGUUGCGUACCGAAUCCUUAUUCCCGCCGAGAAGUUGUUGGCCGAUCCAGAUCUCGCCCAUCUUAUCAUCGACCCUUGCACGACAUCAUGGUGCGGUCCUGAUGCGCAUCUGGUCGGAUACCCGAUCUGCAACGGCGAGAUGUACAACAUCGUCGUCUGUGCUACCUCCUACAACGAGACUACGGACGAGGUCUGGGUUGUCAAGGGCGAUAACAGUGAAUUAUGCAACCGCUUUGCGAGCUGGGAGCCCAAGGUCCAGAAACUCUGUGCACUGACCGGGGAUUUCAUGAAAUGGCGACUGUGUGAUCUGCCCAACCUUACUCGCUGGACACAUCCCUCUGGUAAGGUUGUGCUGCUUGGUGAUAGUUGUCAUCCUAUGCUCCCCUACCUUGCUCAGGGAGCUGCACAGGCAUUCGAAGACGCUGCGGUUCUACGUGAGGUGCUCCAACAGGAUGUGAACAUGGCCAAAGCCUUGAAGCAGUACGAGGAGAUCCGCAUGCCCAGAGCUAGCCUGGUACAGGCCAAGACGCGCGAGCACCAAUACAUCUUGCACAUUGACGAUGGGGAGGAGCAACAGGCCCGGGACGAGAAGAUGGCUCUGGAUGCGGCAGAGAAUCCAGUCUUCUGGGGCUACGGUGACCGCAGGAAAUGGCUGUUUGGCCACGAUGCAGAGAUGAUUGGGAAGGAGGGGGCAAACUGGAGGGAUGCGUCCUUGGACAAGAUCCACGUAGCAUAG